ACGACGCAUGUUGGGCCGACGACGUCGACUGCGCUGCUUCAGCUGUCGAAGCGCAGACGCGGCUUGGGGGUUGUGACGCCCAAUGCCUGCACGGAAUGCCGCAAAAAGCGAGCCAAGUGCGACGGCCAGAAGCCUUGCGCGCGUUGCAAGACCACAAAGGACGCCGACUGCGUCUACGAGGUCCCCGUCCGCCAAUCCAAAGAAACCCUUCGCACUGAAAUCGAGACUCUGCGCCUGCGUCAGCGCUCUUCCGACCAAGUCUUUGGAGCUCUGAUACAGCCCCAUCUAUGGGAGGAGGUGCUGGCGCGUCUUCGCGGAGGCCAGUCGGUCGAUGGCAUCGCCGACUGGCUUGGGAACGUCAACAGCGUCACAGGGCCCGCAACGACCUCGAUAUAUACGCAGCAUGCCGACCCUACCAUGAUGAGCCACGACCUGGCCAUGGCAGCCUUCGGUGCAUCUGGAGCUUCAAUCCCGACUAUGGCCCUCACAAUGGAUCCUAGCUCGCUUCCCUUGGAUAUGGGGGGUCCGGCCAGCCCUUGGCACUUUUCGUCGCAAAGCCAGGGCGGCUCUACCCGGAGCGGCUCUCACCCGGACCUGAUGAACUGGACUACUUCCGAGAUGAGUGUCGCGCCACAGUCGCGGGUUGGCUCCUGGGCAGAAAGCAUGCACACCGAUCACCUCGCCGAUGGCUUGCAGCGGUUUCGGGGGCUCGAGCAUGUUCCGCCGCUGAACGAGCCUGAAUUCAAGCAGCCGGCGGGGACGUGGACCAGCAUCACCAACGACUUCGACUUGGUUCAGCACCUGUUGGCCCUGUAUUUUUGCUGGGAGUAUCCCACCUUUGCUUCACUCAGCAAGGAGCACUUUCUCCGCGACUUCCAGGAUGGGAGACAUCGGUAUUGCUCCCCAAUACUCGUCAACGCGCUGCUCGCCCUUGGCUGUCGAUUCUCAACACAGCCCAUGACUAGAGCCAACCCCAACGACCCCUACUCGUCUGGUGAUCACUUCUUCAAAGAGAGCCAACGGCUCUUCAACGAAGAGACUGACCACCAUUCGUUGACGACGAUUCAGGCUUUGGGUAUCAUGUCGAUCCGCGAGGCCAGUUGCGGCCGUGAUUCGGAGAGCUGGUAUUACGCUGGCCAGAGCAUAAGGCUCGCAGUCGAGAUGGGUCUGCAUCGCAUCCAUGAUGAGGACGACGAGGACGAGCUUGCCGUCCAGUCGGCGACCUUUUGGGGGGCUUUUGCCUUGGAUCAUGCAUGGUCUCUAGCUACGGGCUCGCUGCCUCAGUGCUCGUGCUUUCCUCACCUACCACCUAAACCGGCCAUCAUCGGCGACAUUGAGGCCUCGCUAUGGGUACCGUAUACCGACGACGGCGAGCCGUUGCAGCGGUCUUGCGAACAGCCAUCAAAUGUACGAAGGCCCCUUACUGCACGGGAUCUCUUGAACAUUUACACUCAGUACCUGAACUGGUACGACCGCAUACCCGAAGUUUUGAGGCUGGGUCAUAACUUUACCCCAGCAGUCUUGUUUGCUCACAUGUACUAUCAUUUUGCUAUACUCCUCCUAUUCAGGCCCCUGAUCAAGCUUCGUAUCAUCGGGUCCAAGGUUUCACCGCGAGACGUGUGCUCGCAGGCUGCGGACGCGAUCCAGGGCUUAUUAACCUCUUAUGCCCAGCUCUACACUCUUCGCAGGACACCGUCGUUUGUCCCAUAUUUCGUCCUGACGUCGGCCAUUAUGCAUCUGGCCAUAGGCGCUACUUUGGUCAAGAGCGAUGGCUCGGAAACCAGCGAAGAGAAGAUGAAGAAGGCAGCCAAGAUGGAUCCGCGUGUGUCCGAGGCCCUCACCCGGGGCAUUGCGGAUCUGACGGAGAUGGCGCCGUGCCACCACUUUGCCGAGCAGGCCCUCAACAUCUUGCGGUACCUGGCCAAGAAGUGGAACAUUGAGGUCAACGUCGACGGCGACAAGGUGCCGCCGGACGAUCCCGACAACCUGGUCAGGCCUUAUUCGAGCAGCCUCAACUUCUUUGCACCCAACGUUCAGGAGAGCGAUUUCAUGUGCGGCUGGGGUCCCAGCCCCGAGAUGGUGGAAACGCUGCAGGCGCCCAUCAUCAAGAAGUCGGCCGAGACGGCGGAGAACCCGCUCUUCUGGCCGUUUCCAAUGCAGGGGAGGCCGUUGCUGCCUACAGGCGCGGAGUUGGAACAGGCAGGUUUCGUCAUGUUAUGA